GUUGGUUGUCGAGUAAAAAAAAGGGCAAUUUGAUUUAUCACAGAAAUACACCCAGUUCUCGUCAGAUGCCAUAAUUUAUUUUCUUCAAAUUGAAUCAUGUGUGAUAUUUUUUAUGAAUGAAGAACCAUGUAGUAAAAUACAGUCCCAAGUGGUUUAAAAGUGUCUCUGUCACACAUCUUUUUUUACUUUGGUAAACAUAUCUGAGAAAUCUUAUUGGUCGAAGUUUGCUUAUGGUGGUUUAUGGCACACUGAUGAUAAUGAAUGCAUACCAAAUGUUUCUAAACAAUGCUAUUGUCCUUGUAAACUUCCCAGAGUUUCCUCAACAAAAACAUUUUAUUGUUGCACUAAAGAAUAAUAUCUGAAGCUCACAUAAAAUCCUUCACGCUACAUUAUAAGUAUUACAAGAAAUCUUAAAGCUCAAAGCCAUUACAGUGAUAUUUCUUUUUAAUCAUAUUCACUUUGCAUGAUUGUUGGCUGUAUUGAAAAUGGAGAUCCACUCUUUCUCUCAGUAAUUUGUAUUUAGUAUCUGGAUACUAAUUUCUAGUAGUUUUGAUUCUCAGUCUUCUUAAAGUAAUAUUCAUGGCUUUGCAAAAUGUAAGCUUUUGUUUAGACUGCUGUUAAAAUGUUCAGCAUAACAUCACAAUAUAAUAUGCAUUAGAUGCUGAUAUAUAAUUGUUAAUGUAGCCUACCAGCAUUAUUGUGUGAAAUCUACGGAUUGAAUAAGAGACGUGUUUGUACAUGGAAACAAUUGACCUACUGUUGGUUGGCAUACACUUAGAAUAGCCAAUUGUUCUCUGUUCUGUUUGUGCUUGGGUGUAAUAUAAGUUAUGAGCACUGGAUUUGUUGAUGUCAUGCCUCAUAAAUUCCAGCUGAACUCCCUUUCAUAUAAUGAACAAUUUUUCAUUUUAAGAAACAACAGAAGCCUCUUAACUUUCUGACUGUGUAACUGUGGCAUAAAGAUGUUUAGUGUACUUUUGAGUGCUUGAGCUACUUAUAGCAGCAGCAGCACUGUUUCUCUUUACCUUUUAGACCACACAAGCCCACGGUACAAAGUCAGGGGGUGAAUCUUUAUUUAAAAGGCUGUGGUGGGAACAUUUCAAUGAACAAAUAAAGUUUUUCAUUGGGGGGUGGGCAGCAGACCAAAGCUAAUGAGAUUCUUGUUCUUUUUUUGAGAACCCCCUCAUGGAGAUGUAAAUUAUAGCUAUUAAAAAAUAUGCUUAUGUUUAGUCCUCUUGUUCACAAAAGUUCUGUUAAAGGUUUCCUUACUGGCCCCCAGACAACAGUUCUGAACAUUUCCCCAUACGCUACUGUACCACAAAUUUUAGAGGUUUGAGAAUCCAAUUUCAAAUCAUUGAAGACAUCUGCACAGAUGAUUUAAGAAACAAAGUGGAGAUUAGAAAUGCUGAAGAUGAUACAGUACCUUGACCUCUCAGAGCAGGAUGUAUGAGAAAAUGUAUUAUGAUUUGCAUACUCAUGAGUAAUUCAGAUUUUUUUCCCUGUUGCCUCACUGGAAAAACUUUUAAAUGAGCAUAUUAUCUAGUAUGCAAUUUUGUUUAUAGUACCAAUGCAAUUUUGGCUCCAUACAAGAACAUUUAAGACCUGGGUUAACCAUCUGGCGCUGCAAUUUUGCACUACUUUCUGAUAUGUAUAAUUCUGUGAUUUGUUCAUUUUCGUCAUACUCAUCAGAAUUUUACCAAGAAGUACUGUGUAUAGACAUUAAAUUAAAUGAAAUGACACUCUAAAGCAGCUAAUGUAUGACAAAUCGCCAUUUUGAGAAGGGUGACAGACGCGUUUGCAUCAGCCGGUCGUGCCCCUAAUGCAGCGCUGUGCGCAGGUGCACAUUUCAUCCGUGCAAAAUGUCUCAAAUUCGGAACAUCACAUUCGGUCACAGUGCUGACGCAACGCUCCCUUUCUGCUCCGGCCCGCCGGUCCUUAGCGUUAGCGCGCCCCGAAAACAAAAACCCUGUCAGAGCUCCGUCCCCAGGAUCAGGCGCAUUCCUUCAAUAUGACCUUUUUGUGUUGCGCCAUAAGACGCAGGGCUGUCAUCGCCCCACUCUGUUCUAUUUCUCAGAGCCGCUCUGACACACUGGGGGAGAGAGGGCUCAGCUGCUGGAGCCGCCAGUACAAAGCGCCCACUAUGGCGGGAGCUCUCAAAGGCCACAUUAUCGCAGGCUCGGUAAUUCACUCUGCAUCGGCCUCGGAGUUAGUCUCUGAGCGUGUGCAGUAUGUGCACUUAGAAAUGCUGGAGUUUAUGAAAGUAGUUUGCAUUCGUUUUCUGUUCGCUGUUCUUCUGUCUUACUGUGUUCAGCAGCUUCUCUGGGCAAAAAUGUCUCAUUUUCAUUGAAUUUGUAUGUUCAGCUUUACUUCACUUUGCAUUUCUUGAAGGUAGGCAUUGUAGCCAACUUGUAAUUCGGGAUUUAAAUUUACCUGAGCUUUCCUUGCUAGGUGUGUGUUCACAGGUCGUGCUCUUGAUAAGAAUUGAAAACUUUUUUUUUUUCCAGUGAUAAUUCUGAUAAAUGUGAGCAACAAGUAAGGUGCAUGUGAGUAAUGAGGAAGGUGUAUUCUUCAGUAUGUUGGCGAGCUGCACAGUGACAAGCGUUGGUAAAGUUCCCCUCUUGCCACCCCCGGUGAAAAGGGGGGUUGCAUUUGAAGCACCCUCCCCCGCCGCGUGUGGAAGUGUGGCGGUGGGAACGGCGCGGCGCGUAGGAUGUGCGUGGAGAUUUACGGCCGCCUGACUCAGCGCGGCCAGCCUCCUCCCUCCUGUGGGGCCUCGUCCUCCUGAUGGAUAAGGAGCAGCUGAGAGGCUGCCGUUUCAGGCUGGCUCCGUUUAAAACGGGGAGAGCUUCUGUCCCUCUCCCUCUCCCUCCCUUGCUCUCUCGCUCUCUCUCGCAUGUCACAUGACCACCGCCACCCUACCCUCACCUCGGUGUGCAGGAGUGCCGGGUGCCCUUAUCCAAUCAUGCCUGGAAUGCUGCUUGUCACUUGGGCUAUUUCUGCUGUCUGUCGCUAUCGGUCUGCAGUGCUAACAGUUUGGCAGAUGGGAUCCCUGUUCUGUUUCCCCCUGUUUCCCCCGCUCUCUCUCCCGCUCGCUCCCGCUCUCGCUCUGGAGUUUGCAGCUUGCACUUUUCAGCUCCCUGGCAGUGCCUCACUUGUUAUUGUGGUGUGAGUUCCUCUUUUCCUUCGCUCCGUUCGCCGAGGGAGGGACGGGGGAAAGAGAGAGGGAGUGGGAAAGGAGGGACGGAGGGAGAAGGAUCGAAACGGGAUCAGUCCGACGGAGUUAGAGCGAGCGAGAGAGAGAGAGAGAGAGAGGGGGACUGGAAAAUGGCUCACCGGCUCCGGCUCUACUUUGGCUCCGGCCGCAGCAACACGGCCCCCGAGAUCGAGGAGCUGGAGGGGGCGGCGGAAGACGACGUGGCCAUGACAUUCCACAUGCAGCCGCGCCAGCGCGGCCUGCCCCCCUUCUGCGAGCCGCGGGGCGCGCUGCCCCGGGACGCCUCCCUCAAGCGCAGCUCCUCCAUGUUCAUCCCCCAGCUCCUCAACCAGGUGGAGCCGCGGCCCACCAAGAGCUCCUCCAUGCAGAUCUCCCUGCAGCGCGCCGCCGGACCCGGGGACGAGGGGGCGCCCCCGGGCUACCCCCCGGAACACCCUCUGGGGCCCGCUCCGCCCUACACCGAGCCCAGCAGGCAGUACCCCGCGCCCCCCGACUUCCGCAGGGGCAGGGCGGAGCCGUCGGGGAACGCUGGAGCGGAACCCGCUCUGAGCAGCUACAGGGUGCUCUGCGCCAGUCCCCAGGAAGAGCAGAGCGAACGCGGCCCUCCCGGGAUCAACAUCGGGGGCUUCUGCAUCCAGAGGAGCCCGUCCGAUGGCUCGGAGCUCCCGCAGUUCAGCAUCCGGCCGUACGGCUCCAACGGGCAGAGCGGCCCGCGCCGCUGGUCCGUCCAGCAGAACGGCGGUCCCGGCGCACAGCGGCUGGUCCUGCAGCUUCAGCCCGACCAGGCCAGGUACCCCGACGGCCCCCCGAGGGAGGGCGCCGACAUGGGCUUCACGGGCACCAAGGGGGAGCGCGUGCUGCGCUACCCGCGCAUCCGGCUGGAGAGGAGCGCCUCCCAGCCCCUGCAGCCUCUCGGGACGCCCCCGCACCCCGGCCCCGCCGCCAACCCCCAGGGGGCCGAGGGCGAGACCUCCGACGUGGAGGACCAGGGCAGGAGUGCGGAAGACGCUGCUCAAGGCUGCACUUUCAAAAUCAGGAAGGAGCAGAACACAAGGCAGCCUCAGUUUAAGAUCUAUUUCACCCAAGGAGGAGAUCCCAGUGUGACCCAACAGGAUGUGGAGUGCAGGCCAACCGUCAUUAGCCCUCAGGCUCACAUUGCCCACGAACGCUCCAAGAAUGGGCUUUUCCACCUGGGACAGACCAGAGAUGACUUCUUGGGACAGGUCGACGUGCCUCUUAACCAUUUGCCGACGGAGGACCCCACGAUGGAACGGCCGUAUACGUUUAAGGAUUUCCUGCUCAGGCCUCGAAGUCACAAGUCCCGGGUGAAGGGGUACUUGCGGCUGAAAAUGGCCUACUUGCCUAAAAACGGUGGACAAGAAGAGGAGAACAGUGAGACGAGAGAGGAGGCGGAGGGCUGGGAGGAGACGGACGCCCAGGACUCCGGCUCCCAGCGGCAGCAGCAGCCGCCGCCCCCCCUGCCGCCCGGGUGGGAGGAGAAGGUGGACAACCUGGGCCGGACGUACUACGUCAACCACAACAACCGCAGCACGCAGUGGAAGAGGCCCAGCAACGUGGACGUGGUCUCGGAGACGGAAAAUGACAACCACAUCCGCCAGAUCAACCAGGAAGCCCACCGCGUGUUCCGCUCGCGGCGGCACAUCAGCGAAGACCUGGAGAACGAGCACAUCGAGCCCCGGGAUCUGGACGACUCCUGGGACCCCAUCUCCGAGGAGGAUUCCAGUUUGACGUCGGACACCCUGAGCCAGUCCCUCCCAGCCCCCUCCUCGCCCACGCCCGCCCCGCAGUCCAGCCCCCAGGAGUUCUCUGAGGAGAUCAACCUCCGCCUGUCGCUCGCCCCCGACACCAACGGAGAGGCCUCCGGCCCUGCUGUGCAGAGCCAGCUCUCCUCCAGGCUGCGCUCCUCCAGCAUGACGGAUGGAGUCAGCGAGCAGGCCCAGCCCCCGCCCCCCGCGAAUACCCAGUCCAGAAGAACGAGAGCUCAAACUGUCACAGGCAUUGAAGAGCCCAUGUCUCCGUCCACGCCCUACAGCUUCACCACGCCCGGCCUGCCGCCGGGAUGGGAGGAGAGGAAGGAUGCCAAGGGGCGCACUUACUACGUCAACCACAACAACCGCACCACCACCUGGACCCGCCCCAUCCUGCAGCACACAGAAGACGGGGCCAGCACCUCCGCUGCAGCCUCAGGCUCCGCCUCCGCCUCCGCCUCCACGGUAACCAUCAACAGCCACCUGAGCGAACCCCAGCUGCGCCGGCCCCGCAGCCUCAGCUCCCCCACCGUCACCCUGUCGGCCCCCUUUGAGGGAGCCAACAACAUCCAGGUGCGGCGGGCGGUGAAGGACACCUUCUCCAACCCGCAGUCGCCCCAGCCCUCGCCCUACAGCUCGCCCAAGUCCCAGCACAAGAGCACGCAGAGCUUCCUGCCCCCCGGCUGGGAGAUGCGGAUAGCGCCCAACGGGAGGCCCUUCUUCAUCGACCACAACUCCAGGACCACCACCUGGGAAGACCCGCGCUUGAAGUAUCCGGUCCACAUGAGGACAAAGGCCUCCUUGGAACCUGGCGAUCUGGGCCCACUUCCUAACCUGCUAGAGGAGCCUGGCUGGGAGGAGCGCGUGCAUGCGGACGGGCGGACAUUUUACAUCGACCACAACACUAAAAACACGCAGUGGGAGGACCCUCGUCUCCAGAGCCCAGCCAUCACCGGGCCUGCUGUGCCAUAUUCCAGAGAAUUCAAGCAGAAAUACGACUACUUCAGGAAAAAAUUGAAGAAACCGGCGGACAUCCCCAACAGGUUCGAGAUGAAGCUGCACAGGAACAACAUCUUCGAGGAGUCGUAUCGACGCAUCAUGUCACUCAAGAGGCCCGACAUCCUGAAGGCCCGCCUCUGGAUAGAGUUUGAGUCCGAAAAGGGGCUGGACUAUGGGGGCGUGGCCCGCGAGUGGUUCUUCUUGCUGUCUAAGGAGAUGUUCAACCCUUAUUACGGCCUCUUCGAGUACUCAGCCACAGACAAUUACACCUUACAGAUCAACCCCAACUCUGGGCUCUGUAAUGAAGACCACCUGUCCUACUUCAAGUUUAUUGGACGCGUGGCUGGGAUGGCCGUGUUUCAUGGGAAGCUGUUGGACGGCUUCUUCAUCAGACCCUUCUACAAGAUGAUGCUGGGUAAACAGAUCACACUGAUGGACAUGGAGUCUGUGGACAGUGAGUACUACAACUCCCUGAAGUGGAUCCUGGAGAACGACCCCACGGAACUGGACCUGCGCUUCUGCAUCGACGAGGACAACUUCGGCCAGACAUAUCAGGUGGAUCUGAAACCCAGUGGCUCGGACAUGGUCGUCACAAACGACAACAAAAAGGAAUAUAUAGACCUCGUUAUUCAGUGGAGGUUUGUUAACAGGGUCCAGAAGCAAAUGAAUGCCUUUUUGGAAGGAUUCACUGAACUCAUUCUCAUCGACCUGAUAAAGAUAUUUGAUGAAAAUGAGCUAGAGCUGCUGAUGUGUGGUCUGGGUGACGUGGACGUGAACGACUGGAGACAGCACACCGUCUACAAGAACGGCUACUGCCCCAAUCACCCAGUCAUCCAGUGGUUCUGGAAGGCGGUCCUCCUGAUGGAUGCGGAGAAGCGAAUCCGGCUCCUCCAGUUUGUCACCGGGACGUCGCGCGUGCCCAUGAACGGCUUUGCGGAGCUGUACGGAUCCAAUGGGCCGCAGUUGUUUACCAUUGAACAGUGGGGGACGCCUGACAAACUCCCUCGAGCUCACACUUGCUUCAAUCGACUGGACCUCCCCACCUACGACUCGUUUGACGAUCUGCGCGAGAAGCUGCUGAUGGCCGUGGAGAACGCACAAGGCUUUGAGGGCGUAGACUAAGGCCCGCCCAUGGACACACGGUUACCACAUGCUGCCAUUUUCUUCCUUCGAGCCACUGCAACCACAGAUAUGUUUAUAUAUGCACGUAUAUGUACACAUAUAUGUUGCCGUGGACUUUAGGACGACCGUGUAGGGACUUAAAUCAGUGAGCAGUGUCUUCUAUGUCCGUUUCACUCUGCGUGGGAAACAGAAGGAAGAGAGAGAAUUCCCUGUUUUUAUCAGUGAUGCCACGACUUACGAGGAACCCCUGAAACAUUUCAGUAACUCCUUUAUUUAUACUGUGCUGUUUAAGGCAUGGCCUUGAAACUGUUUUGCAUUCUUUAUUAUCUGCGAUAAAAGGGAUUAUAAUCACUUUUACAAAUAUUGUAUUACACCACCCGAUUACCUUAGGAAGGAUAGCCGAUCACUGAUGAUAUAACGGAGUUCGUCCUCAUGAUGCAAAAUUCCUAUCAAAAAGGCAUCUACACUGGUGUAGUUUUUCCACAGUGUUUUUUUAAAUCUUCUUUUGCAAGUCAAGAAGGAACAGGAUGUUCGUAAUCAUUUCUAGGUAUUUUUUUUGUUAUGUUACGCUGCGCAAAUUGCAUUUGUACCAGUUAACAUGUUGUCCUGUGUUUCAAAAAAAUUAUUUUGUGUAUCUAAAGACAUAACUCCAUCAACAGAAAAUGAAAAAUCCAUAUCUUCAUUUUUCAAUUGAGUAGCAUGGUUAUUGAAGUGCUAAUGACAACAGCAUGAACACAGCUGCAGUGAAUACACAAUUAAACGUGUAUUCUCCUUUAAAAAAAAAAAUCCUCAGAGGAGAAAAUGGAAAGUGGUAUAUGGAAGGGUAUAUGACAUUUCUUUUAUAAAUAUUAUGCUUCUCUCAGUUUGUAAUACUGUAAAUUAAUUUCUUAAAGCAUUUUGAAUUUAUUUCAUUUUACAUGUACUGCAUCUAACAGAAGUAUUAAUGAGUGAAACAUGAAAAAAGAAGUCGUGUAAGAAAGCAGUGAGUGUCAUUAUUUUAGCAGUGUUAGGAGCAGGUUCUUAUAAACUGAGUUGUUUUUCUUUUUUUUUUUCCUCCCCACUAAUCCCCAAGGGCACUUUAUGAAUCACAAGUUCAUGUCGACUGUCUUUUGUCUCCAUUAUUAACUUGAAUGUGAUUUUUUUUUCUUCUCGAGAGCGCUCGUUUGCCUAGUGCAAUAUCUGUGGUCUGUAAAUCUGGCUGCUGCUAAUGUAUAAAUUCACAGUUGUGGAGCCGAGACUUCCUGCUGCCAUUCCUCACUUCCCUCACACUCGUUUCUUUGUCCAGCUUUCCUCACACCCGUGGCCAUCUUGGCUCAAGAAAAAAUUUGAGAUUCUUUAUUUCUUUUUUAAGGGGGUGUUCUUUUUUAUUAACAGGUUUGUUUAAUUCCACAGCUCCACCAGACCUUGCAAUUUAAUAUAACUUGGGUCAGAUUAAACUCAAAUGUUGAACUCCAUUCGCCUGAUGGUUUUAUCAUUGUGCCAAAUGGAUGUUGAUCCUUGUUCAGACAUUGUGUAUUGCAUUGUGAUUAAUAUCCCAAGCUCUGGCUAUUCUUCCUGCUCUGGGAAUGGGAUAGCACGUAACAAUACAGAUGUGUUGAAGGUUUUUAGUUUGUCUUUUCUUCAUGUAUAGAAAGGUACAGUAGAUGCCUUCAGAUCCUACUGGUUCUUCCCAGUAACAGUCGUAAAACAUUAACGAUCAAGAGCGCAUGGUGUAAAAUAAAGAGAUGGUCAAAAACAAAUGA